CUUCGUUUAAACGGAAACCGCAUUCGUCCCUUCGAAGAGAUUACAAGAAAACUUAGGGUACCGAGUCAACUUCAAAGUAUUCCCUGGAAGCCAAAAAACCAGUGCAAACGCAUUCGAUCGAUUGGCUAGCCGACAACAAGAUGACAUCGUGGACCACUCUUCUUUUGUAUGGCUUACUCUGCUGGAUGGCUACCACCCUCGUCUACUGCAACGAGGAUUGCAAUCAAACACUGGAAUUUCCUGACGAUCACGGAUGCAAGUGCGUCCUUUCAAAUAAGACGGGGCUCCUGCUGACAAAUUGUAAAAAGGAAGAUCUGAAACUGGACGUAUCCAAACUGUAUCGAUUGACACCUUUCAAGAACAUGAUAGCAAUCAGUAAUUCUACCGGAAUAAUCUUGUAUAACGACGAAGAUGAUUUAGUCUUGAACGAUAUAAGAGAAGUCAGCUUAAUCGUGAGCAAUGUUAAGCAAGUAAAAAUCUACGAAAAGACGUUUGAUCGAAUAGUCAUCAACAUCGUCUUCCACAACAUUUUAAAUUUGAGUUUUGCCGAAAGAAGCUUCACGAGUUGUUGGGGCACGGCUUGGAUAUUCAACAACUCCGUACCAGUAUCAAUACAACCCGCCUUCAGCAGCAGCGACAUGGUUGUCUACAAGGAUACGGAUUCUUCAUUCACAAUUCAUGCCAGACCGAGAGUGACUCCACGUCAAAGGAUCAAAAUGGUUUACCAACUCGCCGCUGAAGUGAAUGAUCUGAAAAUAACCAUUUACGCCGUAUUGGCACUACUCGUAGCUAUCGUUCUAACGCUGAUCGGUUUGACCAUUGUGGUGGCCAGAAUAGCAACCCCAACAACAUCAAGUUUUACUCCAUUACCUGAUGUUGUUCCAAGUCCUCCGAAUAUACCCAUCCGGACAAGAAACAAAAAUCCUGUCACCAAAGUCUCAAGGAUUUCUAGGACAUUUUUAGGCAAAAGAAACGCUGGAAAUAAGGCCAAUACAAACGCAGCAAAGCAUCAGUUUCAUAUGAAAAAUCCGCGGCCUCCGAUUCCACUACCAAUUCACUCCUUCGAAUCCUGUUGAACGUAACACUUACUUACCUCUUCUCACGACAGCCAUCUAGCGGCCGGAAUUCCUCUUUCUCUAGCCAAACGAUCCGAUAUUUCUGCCUUCCAGGUAAUUCCGGAAAUGCGAAUGCUUCCCGUCAUUUUAAAGAACACUUUUAUUUUUCCAUAUUUCCAAUAACUUGCAUUUGUUUAAGACAAGACCCUCUACGUGGUCUAAUUUGUCUAUUGAGUGUAUGUUAACGAGAGGCAAUUGCGAUCGAUUUAUGGCUCUUCUGGGCUUAUUAUUUAUCUAUUCAUUCUCGGUUUUUAACUCGUUAGUCAGCCCCCAUUCUACCCCAAACGUAAUUUGAACUCGGUUUUUAUCGUUCAGUUGUCAACGUCCGGAUGUCUUUAAAAUAGAAGAGGGGGGGGGAAUAUCAUUUCAUAUUCUUAGGGGUUCCUCAUUAACAUUAAGGUCACACUAUGAUUUCACUACCCCCUUGAUGUCUUUUGGGCUUUACACCUGCACCACAGCUGGUGUAUCUUAUGGGACUAUGGCCGUGUUUCCCAUAAAGAAGGUGAUUUAUCGUCCAGAUGGGGCUAUAAUAAACUCUCAUCUUGUUAUCGUUCAUCAUUGGGUCACAUCUUUUUCUACACAGCUCUAACUCGUUCACACGAAGCUGUUUGCACACCGAUUCCCGACUGCGUCAGACAGAAGCCACUGUAUACAAAUACCAAUAUUAAUAUCCAUCGUGUGUCUAGUUAAAGUAUUACAUGGAAAACGUGAUUCCUACUCCGGGAACACGGCUCAUAUUUGGGUGUAACAACAACCUUUUCCUCCACUUUUGUAGUUUCACCCCUGACACAGAGCUUAUUCAAUUUCUGGUUUUUCCUUUUAUUCUUUUAAAUGCAUCUGUAUAUAUCAUCGCGUGAGCCCAUUUUUCUUUCCUGUUUUCCCCCCUCUGGGUUUCAUGCCUACAGCGGGACUGUCUUUUUCGCGUUUUCAAUAAACUUUUUGAUUCGUUCUGCU